AAGGACAUUGGUUUAUCUUCCAUUCGAGCGAGCAGGCUAUCUAUCUCCAUCUGCCUGCUUACUUGUCUUUUUCUCGCGAAGAAUCCGCAAAAUCUCAAUGGCGAUUUCCGUUGCGGCGGCAGCAACCUCCUCAGUUCGCUCCGACUAUUCCACCUGUUUCUUUUCUCCAAAGCUCCACCAUUUCUCCUCUCUCCAAUUACCCAGACUUCACAUCGGCGGCAACAGAGGAGGGUUUUCAUCCUCUUCACGCCCUCGAACCCUCUCCGUCGUGGUUGAAGCCAAGAAACAAACAUUUUCUAACUUGGAUGAGUUGCUUGCUAACUCUGACAAACCUGUGUUGGUUGAUUUUUAUGCAACUUGGUGUGGGCCGUGUCAGUUCAUGGUACCUAUUUUGGAACAAGUUAGUGCUACAUUGAAAGACAAGAUUCAGGUUGUGAAAAUUGAUACUGAGAAGUAUCCAAGCAUUGCUGACAAGUACAAAAUAGAGGCAUUGCCAACAUUUAUCCUUUUUCAAAAGGGACAACCCCAAGAUCGUUUUGAGGGAGCUCUGACUGCAAAUCAACUUAUUGAACGCAUUGAUGAAGCUCUGGAAGUAAAAGAGUAAAGUUUUUCUCAUUUGUUUCAUUAGAAUUUCUCUGAUUUGAUAUUCAAAGUAAUCAACAGGAUAUAACCUUCAACCAUUAUACAUUUUCGGAGAUACGAUACAUAAACUCAUUAAGUGUAAUCGAUUCAACUCUUAGACCAUUUUAAUUGUGCUUGUUUUUACAUUCUA